UAUGUUCCUGUAAGGAUUGAUUGAGGAGGUGAGGAAGUAAUCUAAUCUAAUCAAAUCAAUUCAAAUCAAAAGAAACGAGACAACAAUAAUUCAACAACAUAUACAGCAGCAUUAUGGGCCAUCACUGUUGCGGCAAACACAAAGUGAAGAGAGGCCUUUGGUCUCCUGAAGAAGAUGAGAAGCUCAUCAAACACCUCGCCACUCAUGGCCAUGGCUGUUGGAGUUCUGUCCCCAAACUUGCAGGGUUACAGAGGUGUGGAAAGAGUUGCAGAUUGAGGUGGAUAAAUUACCUGAGGCCGGAUCUGAAGAGGGGAUCAUUCACAGAGCAAGAAGAGAGGACAAUCAUAGAUGUUCAUAGGAUUCUGGGCAACAGAUGGGCACAGAUAGCCAAACACUUACCUGGGAGAACCGAUAACGAGGUCAAGAAUUUCUGGAAUUCUUGCAUCAAGAAAAAACUCCUCGCACAAGGCUUAGACCCCAACACACACAAUCUCCUCUCCUCUAAUCAAGCCAAGAUUAACAAAAACAACAAACCCAUCAACUCCCAACAUUUCACUAUCGACCAAAACUCAUCCCCUCCAAAAGAUGAGCCCCACAUUCCCCUAGACCUCAAAGCCUCCAUUGCAGCCUUCACUUGCAUUCCCAAUAAUGAGCCCCAUAAGUACCCCUUAAAAUUUAAAUAUGGUCCCACGGGUGGCUACCAGUACCAAAACCCGUCCCAAAACAAACUGGUGACGGGUUUUGGUACGAGUUGCUCUUCAGUUGAGAGCACUUCGAACAAUCUCUCCUCUUCUCCUUCCUCUUCCUUGAACCCGGCGCCCGGGUUGGGGGCCAUGAAUGUGGAGAAUUCCAUGUGGGGAACCGGCGCGUUUGAACCGCUGUUCGGACCGGACCGGUUUGUUCAUCAUCAACAACAACAACAGGAAAUGUACAAGGUUAAUACUGAGUUCUGUAGCAAUAAUGUGCAGAAUAUGGAGAUGGUGAACACGUUUGACGACAGCUCUGACUUUGACUUCGACUUUGGGGAUGAUUCUGCACUUUUGCCCUUUGCAGCAGUGUACUGUGAUGCGAAUUCUAUGGAUCAACUUGCAUGGGAUAAUUGCUGAUUUUGUUUGUUUGUUUUUUUUUAAUUACAUUCUAGGAAUUAAUUUGCAUUGACAAUUUAGUUUGAUACUUGAUAGGUUUGUGUAUUUUAUCUGAUUGUUUACAUUUAAUUUCAUGUAGUUAAAUUGAAAAUAUAUAUAUAUGUUAAACCAUAUUAGUUUAUUA